AUGGAUAUGUCGACCGUCAAAAUUAUCCUGGCUCUCGCGGCGACGUGGGGAGUAGGCACAAAGCAUGGCGAUAUACCAAACGCCUACGUGAAGGCAGACAAAGAGGCCGAUCUCGAAAUCCUUUUGCAAGUGCCCAAAGGAAUGGACGUGAGCGGCGACACUGUCAACGAAUUGGAAGCAACGAACGUAAGCGAGCUUGCGUUGCAACUUCGUAAGAGCUUGUACGGCCACAAACAGCAAGAUGGAAGCGAUCUCGUGGUGGUAGGGGUCUACAUUGAUGACUUACUCGCAACUGGUACGAACGCGGCAGCGGUUGAUCGCUUCUUUAAGAGUCUUGGCAGCCUGUCCAUUAAGGACCUAGGUCACGUGAACAAAUUUUUGGGGAUGCGAGUAGCGGUCGACGACGACGGCAGCUACGUGAUCGACCAAGAAGGCGCCAUAAAUGACCUCCUGAGAGAGCAUGGACUCGACGACGCGAACUCGACACGCACUCCCAUUGGCGCGGACUGCUACGAAGUCCCAACAACAGACAGCGCGCUGCUGAUCGCCGAAGAAGGUGAGGGCCCUAGCAUCCGGAGCUUCCAGUCGCUCGUUGGCAGCCUACUGUGGGUGGCGCGCUGCACACGGUCAGACAUUGCGUUCGCUGUCCACAAGGUGACGCGCCAGACGCACCAGCCGCGCGUCCACGACUUCAAACUCGCGAAGCGCAUUGCGCGAUACCUGAAGGGCACCCGGAAAUACAAGUUAUGUAUGACACCAACGAAGAAUGCAGGCAAGUCGGUGACUUUGGAGUCGUACUCAGACGCAGACUUUGCUGCCGAUAAGGCAGAUCGGAAGUCGCUGACUGGCGGAGUCAUUCGCCUGAACGGGAUGGCAGAGCAGGCGCGUGAGUUGCUUGGCAUUCGACAGAUGCUGUGCGAAGUUGGUUUGCCACCCGGACUGCCGAUGACGCUCCACGUCGACAAACACGCAGCUGUACGGCGAGGCGUCAUCCCUGAAAGCCAAGCACAUCGAUGUGCGCCUCAACUUGCAGACCUAAUGACGAAGGCCGUGGAUGCAGCCAAGCUGGCCUUGCUGUGUGUGUUGAUGAACCUCGAAUAG